AUGGCUUGGAUCCAUGAUCUUAAUUUUUACUAUAUGACCCUUUCGAAGAAAAUUGGUCUUGACACCGUUAGUCCUCUUUAUAGUGUCAUUUUUCUCCUUCUUCUACUGUGGUUCCCUUACCCAGGAUGUUACGGCCUACCAGGAGAUGGAACCUUUUUACAGGGAGAUUCUGAAGCUGUAUUUUACGGUAUUCCCGAUCUAAUAGUUGUGGGAGCCUUACCAGUAUUAUUCGUACCGCUAGCAUCUGCAGUCGGUUUAAAACAUCUAGGUCAGGGACUAUACGAUCAAGAUUUAAAAUUGGUGAUACUAAUAUCAAAGUGCUAUAUCCCUAUAAUCAAGUCUAAAAUACAUCUCAGUGUUCUGUAA